UCUGUUCCAAUAGGUACUUUCUGAGUCGAUGUGAAGAAGAAUAUUGAUGUUUAAUUUCUUCCAUUCACUUUCCUGGAGCUGGUUGCCGUACUUUAUUUCACCAUAGACCUUCAUGAUCAGUAUAUAGAAGCAGCAAGAGCCUCACGUAUAAAUCUCCUUCUCUUGUCUGAUCUUUAUCAUAAACUAGAUUCGUGAUCGUGUCUCUUUCACCAACCAAGCAAUUCUGAGAUUCUCUUCCUGCUCCUCAGAAAAACUAUUGAACGUUCCAACAGUCCGAUAUCUUUCAAGCGGACAUGGAGGGAAGAUUCCAUGGAUCUGAUGAACGAGCGUAUGAACAACCAGGAUUCUAGGUGCGCUGCUUUCGCAACUUUAGGUGGGACUACCCCCUUCAACGUCGUUGCUUCCGAGAAAACCCUGCGUUUGUUUUUCUUCUCAGUUCGAUGGUCAUGGUGACUGAAUAGUCCUCUGCUUUUCUCAUCCACGUCGGAAAUGGAGAAGAUUCGGCUCGUUAAAUGUCCUAAGUGCAAAAAGAUCCUUCCCGAGCCCCGCGGUUACAUUGCUUAUCAAUGUGGUGGUUGUGGCGCUGUUCUUAAAGCUCGAGUUCGAGGCAAAAAACAUGACGUGUUCUUGAGCUACAGAGGGGAAGACACUAGAGCAUCCUUCACUUCACAUCUUUAUUCAUCUCUAUGUAAUGCCGGCAUUAAUGUUUUCAAAGAUGAUGUUGAGAUUCCGAGAGGUAACCAUAUAUCAAUUGAACUGUCACAAGGAAUUGAAAGUUCUGAAAUUUCAAUCAUCAUCUUGUCUAAAAGAUAUGCUGGUUCGAGAUGGUGUCUGGAGGAACUGUCAAAAAUCAUGGAACUUCACAAGAGAGUGGGUCUGGUGGUUUUGCCUGUGUUUUAUGACGUGGAUCCAUCUGACGUUCGCCGCCUGACUUCGAGUUUUGGAGAAGCAUUUGAAGAUCUUAUACUUAGAAUCUCACCAGCAGAAUAUGAAGUGUUCAGAUGGAGGAUAGCAUUGCGUGAAGUUGGGGGCAUUGCAGGGUUUGUUGUGUUUGACUCGAGGAAUGAAAGUGAGGAUAUUGAGAACAUUGUUGAGCAUGUUUGCAAUAUAUUGGACAAGAAAGACUUGUUUGUCACAGAUCACCCAGUUGGAGUUGACUCUCGCGUGCAAGAUGUGAUUUCAAUGCUCCAGAAGCAUCAAUCAAAAGAUGUUGUCUUGGUAGGGAUAUGGGGAAUGGGGGGAAUUGGCAAAACAACCAUUGCCAAAGCCAUUUACAAUGAAAUUGGUCACACAUUUGAUAGUAGAAGUUUUCUUUCAAAUAUCAGGGAAAUUUGGGAGCAAGAUAAUGGCCAAAUUUAUCUGCAAAACAGACUUCUUUUAGAAAUUUGUAAAACAACAAAGAUGGCUAUAAAUAGCAUUGAAUCCGGAAAAACCACAUUGAGGGAUAGACUUCGCCAUAAACGGGCAUUUGUUGCACUUGAUAAUGUGGAUAAAUUAGAGCAACUAAAUGCUUUGUCUGGAAGUCGUGAAUGGUAUGGACAAGGGAGUAGAAUAAUCAUCACUACUAGAGAUCAACAUCUACUCAAUGUUCUUAGAGUUGAUUGUGUAUAUAAAAUGGAAAUUAUGGGCCAAAAUGAGUCUAUUGAGCUUUUCAGCUGGCAUGCAUUUAAGCAAGCAGGUCCUAAAGAAGAUUUUGCUAGACUGUCUAGAAAUAUAGUUGCUUAUUCAGGGGGAUUACCACUAGCUCUUGAAGUCUUGGGCUCUUAUUUGUUUGAUAGAGAAGUGAUAGAGUGGAAAAAUGCAUUGGAGAAACUAAAAAGAAUUCCCAACAAUGAGAUACAAAAUAAGUUAAAAAUAAGUUUUGAUGGUUUAAAUGAUGAAAUGGAGAAGGAAAUAUUUCUUGAUAUAGCUUGUUUUUUUAUUGGGAAGGACAGGAAUGAUGUGACACAAAUAUUGAAUGGUUGUGGAGUUUUUGCUGAUAUUGGCAUAAGCGUCCUUAAGGAGCGAAGCCUUGUAACCAUUGAUAGAAGCAACAAACUUGGAAUGCAUGAUUUGUUGCGGGACAUGGGAAGAGAAAUAAUACGUGAACAGUCACCAAAAGAACCUGGAGAGCGAAGUAGAUUAUGGUUUCAUGGGGAUGUACAAGCUGUGUUAUCAAAAUGCACGGGAACCAAUGCUAUUGAAGGGCUAGCUUUGAAGUUGACACAAACUGAAAAAAUGCAUUUUCAGACAAAAGCAUUUAAAAAGAUGAAUAGACUCAGAUUACUUCACCUUGACAAUGUACUACUAAGAGGGGACUAUGAAUACAUUGGUAGAGAUCUCAGGUGGCUUUGUUGGCAUAGCUUUCCCUUGAAAUACGUUCCUAGCAACUUUUAUCAAGAAAAUUUAGUUGCUGUUGACUUGAAAUACAGCAGCCUCACUCGAAUGUGGAAGGAACCCCAGUUAUUGGAGAGACUUAAAAUCCUCAAUCUCAGCCACUGUACAUGCUUGGAGCAAACUCCUGAUUUUUCAAAACUACCAAGCCUUGAAAAGUUGAUCCUCAAAGAUUGUCCAAGUUUAUCCAUGAUACAUCAUUCUAUUGGGCUUCUUGAUGAACUUGUUCUGCUAAAUUUAAAGGAUUGCACGGGCCUUCGUAGUCUCCCAGGAAGCAUUUAUAAACUGAAAAGUUUAAAAACUCUCAUUCUUUCUGGUUGCCUGAUGAUUGAAAAGUUAGAGGAGGACAUUGAGCAAAUGGAUUCUUUGACAACAUUGAUUGCUGAUAACACUGCAAUAACACAAGUUCCUUCUUCAUUAAUAAGAUUAAAAAGGAUUGGAUAUAUAUCUCUUUGCGGUUAUGAAGGAUUAACACAGGACGUGUUUCCUUCUCUCAUUUGGUCUAGGAUGUCCCCAACAAAUAGUGCUCUAUCUCUUAUUCCAACGUAUGGGGGCAUGCCAUCUCCAAUUUUGUGGGAUAUGCUAAAUAGUAGCAUCCCAGGUGCUUCAUCAAUUCCAAGUAACCUACCUCAGCAACAAUCUCUUUUAUUGGAAUAUGGAUUGGAUAUUCAAACUCAAGUGAACAGAGGAAUCACAAAAAUGAUGUCUUCCUUGUUUGCCACAAAUUGUAAUGAGGACAUCUCAAGGCUAGAUAAUUGCUUGAGAUAUCUUUUGAUUAAAAUUGGAAUGACCGACCAAGACAUUACUACUCUUUCAGAGUGUAUUACACAGGGAUUGACUCUUGCAAAGUGCAGCGAUGAUUGUAUUCUCCCUGGUGAUAAUUAUCCUUAUUGGCUAACUUUCAAGGGAAAAGGGGCUUCUGUAAAAUUCAAAGUGCCUAGAGUUAGUGGUCCUAAUUUCAAAGGGAUUGCUCUUUGUUAUGUAUAUUUUCCUGCAGGUGAUUCGGGCAACAUGUCACCUGAAUCUUCAGUUAACUUGUUAUUGAUUGUAAAUUAUACAAAGAAAACCACUUUGCUCUAUGAAAGAGACAGAGUAACUUCCUUUGGAGAAGCAAAGUGGAAGGAAAUAAUAACAAAUCUGAGCUCAGAUGAUGAAGUGGAGGUGAUUGCAGUUUUGGGAAUGGAUUCACUGUGAAGCAGACAGCGGUUUACUUGAUAUACUGUGACUCAGUUGAUGAACAGAUGGUGUUUUCAGUCUGUGAGACCCAAAAAGGUUAUGGAAGUGUAGAGGAGAAAAGUUAUAGACGGGCCUAAUUCAGACUAAGUUGGGCUAAAUGUCAUAGGAAAACCAGGAAUUGACGUGAAUUGGCUCUCUUCAAAGUGAAUAGUGGGUUUAGAUUAAUUUAUCUUUCCUAAUUAUAUUUUUUUAAAAGAAAAUUGGUGUGAAUAUUAUAUUAUCUUUUGUAUUUU